AUGAAGUACCAACAGAUCUCGGUCGAUUUUGUAAGUAUGGUGUUCACUGCCUGUUCGUACUUGGCUCUUGCUGGCGCUGUUUGGAUAUUUUUACGACUUGUCCAAGCUUGCUUCUUGUUGCCACGUCAUCUGAAAAGACAAAAUCAUAUCCAACAAAUGCUGCACGACAAGGUAGAGAACUACGAAAAAUACAUAUUGGAAUGCGAGAACAGAGAAAAAACUGAGCAAGAGGUACAAGAUGAAAAUGUGAAGUUAGAUCCAGAGCAAGUGAAGAAAUGGAAAGAACGAAGAGAAUGUCUGGAGAUGUUGAAGAAGGAACUAAGUAAGGUUCGCGAUAGUGGUGACAAUUCGCAAGACUGGGACCACCUGCUGGAGGAAGAGGAAAUGAAGGAGGAGGAGGAGGUUGAGGGUGCUAGUAUCACAGAAAUUCAAGAUGAUGAGAUUUCUAAAGGCAGGCAUAACGACGAGAUAAACCCAGAUGCAAACGUGAUUAAGCAAAUAGUCGAUACGGAGGACAAAAAGGACAAAUAA